UCUUUCCCCCCAAAGACCCUACUGCAACAGUACACUCACACAACACAAACCCACUCUUCACUUCUUGACCCCUCCCCUCACUCAUCACUCUCUCCAACACUUCACACCCCUCCCUCUCUCUCAUAAAUUCCAAACUCGUACAUGGUCCCACUCACCCUCUCUUGUCGGAAUCGGAACCGAUGAACGCCGGCGGAGCCACCGUCAUCCGAUCCAUCCUCGAUAAACCUCUCAACCAGCUCACCGAAGAUGACAUUUCUCAACUCACCCGCGAAGACUGUCGCAGAUUCCUCAAAGAUAAAGGGAUGCGCAGGCCUUCCUGGAACAAAUCUCAGGCGAUCCAGCAGGUUAUUUCACUCAAAGCGCUUCUUGAACCUACCGACGAUGAUUCUCCCGCGCCUGUUUCCUCCGCCAUACACCGCCAUCAUCACCACCACGUUCAACCUCCUCAAGGGAAUUUGAGUGAAGCUACGGUGAAGGGUUCGGAUCCCGAUGAGAUCGGUGUUUGGGCUGUGGAAGAUGUUCAGAUGUCCAUUUCACCUGUUGCAGAUAAACCUAAUGAAACAAAUGAUGCUCCUGCCGGAGGGUGCGCGCCUAGUGGGUCAUUUGGGCAAAUGACAAUUUUCUACUGUGGUAAGGUGAAUGUCUAUGAUGGAGUCUCACCGGAUAAGGCACAGUCAAUCAUGCAACUGGCUGCAAGUCCGUCCACGUUUCCCCAGGACAAUCCUUUAAAUAAAAAUGCAGCAGUUUGGGCUUCUUGCAGCAUACCAAUUGAUAAGGACGCCCUCUUCCCCACUAACACAACAAUCCUUCAAGUUUCUCAAACAGAUAAGAUGGUCGAAUAUCCUCUACAAUACAGGGAGAAAGGGAGCACGCCUCGAGAUGCUGAUGUAGAGGGUCAGGCAAGCAGAAAAGUGUCGCUGCAGCGAUAUCUUGAAAAGCGAAAGGACAGGGGAAGACCAAAGGGAAAGAAACUGACUGGCAUAACUUCAUCUAACUUUGAGAUGUAUUUGAACCUUCCAGUGAAAGUCCACGCCUCAAAUGGGAACUCAAGUCGUAGUAGCACUGACUCUCCACCACAGACUAGACUGCCUCUAGUUUCCAGUGGCUCAGCUGACAACCAGCCAAAAGUCGCCCUUCCUAUUGAUCUGAAUGAUAAAGUGUUACUCGAAGAAAGAUGAAAAACCUUGAGCAAGGACAAGAAAAGAUGAAAGGAGACAUUGACGAGCUCCGAGGAUCCGUGGCCAAGAUCAUAGAGAUGCUGUAAGCUUAGACUAUUAAAGAUGAGAAGAUGCUCGAAGAAAGAGGAAACACCUUGAGCAAGGACAAGAAAAGAUGAAAGGAGACAUCGACGAGCUCCGAGGAUUCGUGGUCAAGAUCAUAAAGAUGCUGUAAGCUUAGACUAUUAAAGAAGAUGAGAAGAUGGUGGGAAAUAAACUUAGGUGGGUUGAGCAUGUAAAGAGAAGAUCUGAAGAUUAUGUGGUAAGGAGAGUGUAUCAGCAGAAGAGAAGUCAAACAACAAGAGGAGUGUGAAGACCUAGAACAAUUAUAAGAAAAAUUAUUAAGAAAGAUUUUGAGAUUAUCAAUUUGGAUUGAAAUAUGCUUUUGGAUAGAACAUUAUGAUAAAUGUUGAUUUAUGUAACCG